CUAGAAGGCCCAAAAUCAAAAUAAACAUUUAGUUUUAACAAACGCGCUUUAAAUUUCGAUUUAAAAAAUUGUUGCUACGCGUAUAACGUCAAGACGUUAUUUUAAUAACAAAGUCGAUUUGAGUUACGAGCUCAAUUGUAUUUCACCACAGAAAUAAAAUGUUGCUAAGAUUUGCACAGUCUACUGUCCGUCCAGGCAAUAAAAGCUUGGUGGGUCUAGCCUCACAAGUGCUACUCAAAGCUAAGCCCAAUUUGAGCAGUGUGCGGAACUAUGCACGUGGUCCUGUGCGUUCACGUGCACCUGUUGAACCGGUGCGUCCGGCCACACUUAAGGAGAAGCUAAUGGCUCCACCCAGUGCCAAUGCGUAUUCAAUUGGCAAGGGCGCCGCAGCAGGAGCUGCCGUCGUGGGCUUGGGCGCACUUUGUUUCUACGGUGUAGGGAUGGGCAAGGAGAAUACCAUAUCGAAUAAUGCAAUCAUGUGGCCACAAUAUGUCCGAGAGAGAAUACAGUCAUCUUAUGCCUUUUUUGGCGGCUCUUGCUUGCUCACAGCAGCUUCAGCGGCAGCAGUUUAUCGCUCGCCGCGUCUACUCUCUUUGGCCACGCGAGGAGGCAUGAUGGCAACAGUCGCAUCGCUUGCACUCGUCAUUGGCAGCGGUGCCAUUACACGUUCCAUUGAGUAUCAGCCGGGCCUGGGACCCAAGAAUCUUGCUUGGGCCGCGCAUUGUGCCAUUUUGGGCGCCGUCAUUGCACCCUUGUGCUUUCUAGGUGGUCCCAUACUCACUCGCGCUGCUCUUUAUACGGGGGGCAUUGUCGGUGGCCUGUCCACACUUGCCGCAUGUGCACCAAAUGAUACAUUUUUAUACAUGGGUGGUCCCCUGGCCAUUGGUCUAGGUGUGGUAUUUGCUUCGUCCCUGGCAUCCAUGUGGUUGCCGCCCACGACAGCUAUUGGCGCGGGAUUGGCAUCCAUGUCGCUCUACGGCGGUCUCGUGCUAUUUAGCGGCUUUCUGCUGUAUGAUACGCAGCGUCUAGUGCGCAAAGCUGAAAUGUAUCCUCAGUACGCUAUGGCACCUUUUGAUCCCAUCAACGCUUCAAUGUCCAUCUAUUUAGAUGUCUUAAACAUUUUCAUACGCAUUGCAACAAUUGUAGGCGGCAAUCGCAGAAAUUAGUUAUAUUUUACGGAACUACAACGUGUGAUGUGAGAACUAACUUAUUAUAUUAAACACACUGAAAAAUAAAUAAACGAUUUAAGGCGCAAAA